AAAUUCAGCCAAAUAGUCUGUUGUGCGUAUCUCUCUCAAAGCUCUCUCUCUCAAAAUCUCUCUCUCUCUGUAAAUCUCAAAAUUCCCUCUGAAAAAAACAUCGUUAUCAUCAGCAGCAGCAUCAUGUCCGGUCGGCAGCGACAGUCCUCGACGAUGUCGCGCAAAAAGGUCGAUGUGAGCUUCACCGGGAUCCGAGAACCCAAGUUUCUGCAAAAGCUCAGAGCGACACAUGGCCUCAAGCCUCGCGAGGAGCAGCAGGAAGAAGACAUUCAAGCCAAGUUUGCCAAGCUGCCCAAAGCCACGGAUGAUGACGAUUCCUUCCACGUCAAGGUGGAGGAUGAGCCUCAGGUGGUCGUGCUCAAAGAUGGAGAUCUGACCAUGCAAGAGGCAAAAGCAGCCGUCGCCAGCGGUGCUAAGGGAACUGAAGCAGUUCUUGCAGCUCACGAUCAACCCAAGUUUGCAAAAAAGAAACGAGACAAGACCCACAAGGAAGUGAAGGAUGGAUCGAAGCGUAGCAAGAGUCUGAACAAGAAAAACGCAAGCACUCUGUCCUUCCAGGAUGAUGACGAGGAAGACUGAUCGAAUAACCAGAGAGUUGAAGACACAAAUCGACUCAUGAAUCCU